AUGUCCUCGGCCACAUCGCCAGCGCUCGACUAUGCUUUGCUGCUCUCUUCGUCGGCGCGUAACCGCAUGCCCUCUGCCAUUCGCUCGCUCUUCCCCGCCGAGCUGAUCCCUGGAAUGGUCUCGCUGCUCAGCGGCAAACCCAACUCGGAAACCUUUCCAUUCCAGCGCAUCUCGCUCGAACUCAAACCGUCCAUCCAUCUAGAAGGCCAAACUGAGACCGUGUCGAUCGAAGGAUCCGAUCUCGACAUUGCUCUGCAGUACUCUGCCACCAGCGGUCUCCCCAAACUCGUCGACUGGAUCAUCAAAUUCCAGUCCAGGGUACACGCCAGGAAACAGGUAGACGAGGGUAACAAGCCUGGUGAGGUGUGGCGAUGUUCGUUCGGUAACGGAUCGCAGGAUCUGUUGACAAAGACGUUUGAAGCGUUGGUGGAUGCGGGUGAUUCCGUGGUGUUGGAGUCGCCCGCCUACUCGGGCAUCCUGCCAAGCUUGGUUGCGCACAAAGCGAACUUGUUUGAAGCGGAAACGGAUGCUGAAGGUGUAGAGCCGACGGCGUUGGAUACACUAUUGACCAACUGGAAGACAGAUAGCGCUACGCGCGAUUCACGCUUCCCCAAGUUCCUCUACACAACACCCACCGGUGCCAAUCCAUCCGGAACGUCGGCUUCCGACAAUCGAAAACGAGCAAUCCUGGACAUCAUUCGUAAACACAACCUGUUGCUACUCGAAGACGAUCCGUACUACUUUCUCAGUUUCCAAGGUCUCGAACCAGGUGCGGACGCAGUCAAACGUACCAGAGGAAAGAGCUACUUCCAGCUCGAAGCGCAGGACGACUAUGGUGUAGGCAGAGUGGUUCGAUUCGACAGCUUCAGCAAGAUCCUCAGUGCCGGAUUGAGGUUAGGCUUUGUCACGGGUCCGAAAGAGAUCUUGGAUGCCAUCGAUCUGGAUACUAGCAGUCGUAACUUACAGACAAGCGGGACGAGUCAAGCCAUCGCCUACGCCCUGUUGAGCAAGUGGGGAAUUGAUGGCUUCUUGCACCAUGCUGAUAACGUUGCUCGAUUCUACCAGAACCGACUGGAACGUUUCGAAGCAUCAGCACAAGCCAUCCUCACCGGCUCACCCUCCAUCGCAUCCUGGGUGCGUCCAUCAGCCGGAAUGUUCCUUUGGAUCAAACUCAAGCUUCCCCCCUCCCCUGACUCUGCGGAGGGCGACUCAUUCGACCUCAUCAGCAACAAAGCCAAGGCGGCUGGAGUCCUCGCGUUGCCCGGUGUAGCUUUCAAACCACCUUCCUCGUCGAGUACCGGCGGAAAAAGAAAGACGAGCGCGUACGUGCGUACGUCCUUCAGCCAAGUACCGCUCGACCAGGUCGACACCGCCUUCACUCGCCUCCGUCAAGUAGUCGAGGAGGCUUGGCGCGAAGCGGGGCUCCAGAUUCCUGCCUAG